CACUUGUCUUCUCUCAGUAACAACAAAACCCGCCAAAUACUUCACCCCCUAAAGAAAAUAUUUUUAACAAAGGGAGGAGCAAAAAGACGCGUAAUUUCCUCCACAAACCAGUAUUGGCACUUGGAUUUUAGUAUCAUGGUCAAUCUAGUAAAUGUGAAAAAAUGGAGAGACAGAUAGCGAUGGAAGGAGAGGAAACAGGAAAUAUGGUCAGCUCAAAGAAGGGUGGUGAUGGUGAUGAGAAGGAUUUGGUUGGGGAGUUAAUGGGUUUGAUUGAGAGUUUGGGAUCGUAUUCUGGGUUCAGAAAAACACAGAGGAAGGAAUGCUUCAACUUAGUUAGGAGGCUGAAGCUUUUAAUUCCACUUCUGGAAGAGAUAAAAGAGAUUGAUUCUUUAGUUUCUUCUAAGGCUUUGAGUGGUCUUGGUAGUUUGAAGAAAGCACUCCAAUUUGCCAAGAAAUUGUUGAAGGAUUGUAACUAUGGAAGCAAGAUUUACUUGGCACUGGAGAGUGAAGCUGUGAUGGGGAGGUUUCAAGCUGUUUAUGACAAAUUGAAUCAAGUUUUGGAUGAAAUGCCUUACAAUGAACUUGGGAUCUCCGUUGAAGUGAAAGAGCAAGUUGAGCUGAUGCAUAAGCAACUUAAGCGAGCAAAAAGGCGAACCGAUACACAGGAUAUAGAACUAGCAAUGGAUUUGAUGGUUGUUUUUUCUAAGAAAAAUGAUGACCGGAAUGCCGACCAUGCAAUACUACAAAGGCUAGCAAGCAAAUUGGAACUACAUACUAUUGCAGACUUGAAAGAGGAAACAGUAGCUGUUCAAAAGCUUGUUAAGAGGAGAGGACAAAAUGCCGAAAACCUUCAGCAAACCAAAGAUCUCUUGGAUAAAUUCAAGGAAAUUGCAGGUUUUGAUGAGGAUUCUAUACUUGAUGGCCCUGUUUUAUCACAUAAAACUCUACAAAGGUGUCAAUCUUCGUUAAUUCCUCAUGAAUUCCUUUGUCCAAUCACAUUAGAAAUCAUGACAGAUCCUGUUAUUGUGGCGAGUGGACAGACUUAUGAAAGAGCAAGCAUACAGAAAUGGCUAUUUUCCAAUCACCGGACCUGCCCAAAGACGGGAAAACCAUUGGAGCACUUGUCACUAGCGCCGAAUUUCGCACUCAAGAACUUAAUUCGGCAAUGGUGUGAGAAUAAUCACUUUGAACUACCCAUGAAGGACCCAUUUUUGGGUUCUUCUGAUGGCUGUUAUGCAGAAAUCAUAGAGGAAAUCUCUUGCUUAGUUGAAAAUAUAUCCUCUCAUCAACUUGAUGUGCAAAUGGAAGCUGUUAUGCAGAUUCGUAUGCUAUCCAAAGAGAAUCCAGAGAAUAGAAUUUUGAUUGCCAAAAGUGGAGGAAUCCCUCCUUUGAUUAAGCUCCUUUCCUAUCCAGAUUCCAAGAUUCAAGAACACACUGUGACAGCUCUUUUGAAUUUGUCAAUCGACGAGACAAACAAAAGAAUCAUAGCAAGGGAAGGAGCUAUCCCGGCUAUCAUUGAUAUUCUGAAGAAUGGAACUGAUGAAGGUAGAGAGAACUCUGCCGCUACAUUGUUUAGCUUAUCAAUGCUUGAUGAAAACAAAGAGCUGGUGGGCACUUUGAAUGGAAUCCCUUCCCUGGUGGAACUUUUGUGGAAUGGAACAAUCAGAGGUCGAAAAGAUGCUGCAACUGCAUUGUUUAACUUGUCUUUAAACCAAGCCAACAAGUCCAGGGCCAUUAAGGCUGGAAUUAUACCACCAUUACUGUAUUUACUGCAAGAUAAGAACUUGGGAAUGGUUGAUGAAGCCCUUUCAAUUCUACUACUCAUUGCAUCACAUCCUGAAGGGAGAAAUGAGAUCGGAAGGCUAUCUUUCAUUGAAACUCUGGUUGAAAUUUUAAGAUGUGGGACACCAAAGAACAAGGAAUGUGCUGCAUCUGUACUUCUUGAACUUGGUUUGAACAAUUCAUCUUUCAUCCUCGCAGCACUUCAGUUUGGUGUGUAUGAACAUUUGGUGGAGCUAGCGAGAUGCGGAACCAACAGAGCUCAAAGGAAAGCAAAUUCUCUUUUGCAGCAUAUGAGUAAGUGUGAACACAUUCCUUGACUUUUCAAAACAAAACAAAUAAGACAAUGUAAAAAAGAAAAAAAAAAAGAAAAAAGAAAAAAAAUAGUUUUAAUAUUCAUUGUUUUUGUUUUCUGAAAUGAUGCUUACAUAAGGUAUUGGGAUGUACAAAAUGGAAGUUAUACGCUGUAUUAUGUUCUCCGCUGUGUGUAUCCUUUUAGCUCAAUGGACUGCAGAAAACAUAUUCAAAAUGUUUGAUAGGCUCGUACAUAGUUCAAAGUCUCUCUUACCAUGUUUGGAGAUUUCUACUUUUAGUCUGUUGACCAUGUUGUAUUAUGUUCUCUCCUAUGUGUAUACUUUCAGUUCAAUGGACAGCAGAAAACAUAUUAAAAAUGUUUAUAUUAGACUCA